AUGAGUUCUCGUCUGAUGAAAUCGAUAAUCUUUGUCUGGGUGGCAGUGUGUGGUACCAGUUUCGCAUACUUGGAUGCACGCGACCCAGCCUGUUCCGUUACACUCACUGAGAAUAUCUACUCCUCAACAGUGACAGAAUAUCUUUCCGUCGCUACAUUGUACGCGACGAUGAAUCCUUCUACUUCAACAGUCUACGAAACAGUUUCCGGAUCAGGAUGUCCUCUACCUUCGAGAUCUUGCACUGCCACCGUCACGCAAACGAACAUGACAACAAUCACAGAAACUUUAUUUGCUACCAGCUCAACGGUAUUCUCGUCGUGGGCGACCUUAAAUGUUACGAUAUACACCACGGUAUCUGGAAGUGAAUGCUCAUUGCCAGCCGUCAAUUCUACACCUUCGCCAUCCCUCUCUGCGGAGUCCGCGAGUGCUAUUAAAACCACAUCGACAGAUGCUUCUACAUCAUCUGCCUCAACUUUGACUUCAAAGAGUUGUGCAUCAACUCCAACACUGAUCAAUUCUGGCUUCGAGUCCGGUGCUUUGGCUCCGUGGGCACAAAUCAGCAACUUCGACGACGGUGCCGGCCCGCCCUCGGUCGUUUUCAGUACACAUAAUCCUCUGAAUGGGUCUUACUAUUUGUCGCAAACACUUAACGAUGGCACCGAUGCGAUGAUAUACCAAGAUGUCCCUGCAAAGGAACAUGCUAUAUCCAACUUUGCGAAGCAGAGAACGCAAACUCGAGGUGUGGUACCCAGGACACAAGAAAGUGCGAGGAUUGAAGCUUAUAUUGAGUGCCUUGGUACAGGUGCAGGGAGUCUCAAUACCGUGCUCAUCGACACAAUCACGAUCGACUGA